AUGAGGCCUGGCUCCUGCCGUUGCGGCAGCUGCCGAACCCGACCCGUGGUGGUGGUGUUGCAUGGAGGCCGCUUCCAGUUUGGCGGCGGGGGCACGUACGCCUUCUACGGGGGCCGUCAAGCAGCUGCACUAUGGGACGCCGUCGUGGUCGUGCCUGCGUACAGGGUGGGCGCCUUCGGUUUCCUCAACAUGCUCGUGCACGAAGCGCCCGGCAACGUCGGCCUGCUCGACCAGGCGCUUGCCAUCCGAUGGGUGCACAGGUAUAUCCACCAUUUCGGCGGCGACAACCAACGCAUCACAUUGCUGGGCCAGGAUGCUGGCGCCACGUCCAUCGGCUACCACCUGGCACGCAACGACACGCCGCCUAUACAACGCGCCAUACUAAUGAGCGGCUCGCCUUUCGUGCCGCAGCCCGACAAUGCGGGUCAGCGUGCCCUGCUGAACGGCCACGCAUUGGCCGACGUGCUCGGCUGCGGCAGCAGGCGAAGCCUGCAGGACGCCUCGCAGCGACAACGGGUCGUGGAGUGCCUGAGGAAGCGCAGCGCAUACGCCACGGUGUUGGCCGCCGACGAGCUGGCCACCAGCAGCGACACUGUCGUAUUCGGUCCAAGCAAGAACCGCGACUUUCCGUGGAAGUUGGCGGGCGCAGUGCUCUCCAAGGCGAUGCUGCAGCGCGUCGACUUCCUAGUGGGCGUCUCCAAGGACGAAGGCACGUCGCACGUGUCCGAAUUGAUGCAGGCGUUCGGCUUAUCUGCCGACCAAACCCUGACACCCAGAAGGUAA